CGCGCUUGUCGGUUUAUAGUCGGACUAUUUUUAAUGUAACACCGAGAGUUUCACAUGUGUUUACUAGUGGAUGUUUUGCUCAAUUCAAACACUAUUUCAAGCUCUUCAUGUGGUCUCCCCUCCACUAGACUGUCAGAAUGAAGCAAACCGAGUCCACAAAAAGACUGAGAGAGCCUCUAUUUGGAGAUCAAGCAAGUAUCCUGUCGCCCCUGUCAGGUCUAGUGCCCGGGGGUCUGGCUGUCUCUGAAGUGAGGAGGGACGAGCUGCCAGGACUGGUUAGGAUGUGCCGUCUUCCGGCUGCGCUGGAGCCUGGCGCUUGCUUUUGCAGAGCCGGCCUAGCUGUCGUACUGAGACACAUCAUUCAGAGAGCAUGCCAGCUGAUGCCAGGCCGCAGGGAUGUGGCGUCACUCUUGGGCUUCAAGAAUACCUGUCUCAAGGCUUGUGCUGAGGUGAGUCAGUGGACUAGACCGUGUGAGCUGGACAUUCACUCUACAGUGGACCGACACUUACAAAACCCUGAAGACCAGAUGUGUCGACUUCCUGCUGCGAUCCUGAACUUAGAAAAGAGGUUAGGGGAACCCGUCAAGGUCCACAAUGAUGACAAGAUACGCCGACAGAAGCUACAACAGCAGAAGAAGGGCGAUUCUCAACUAAAAGGCCCUAAUACAGAGGCAGAGAGUCAUCCGAAUGAAUCACAUUCAGGUGUUGAGCUCACUGCUGCUCUGGAGAAGCUCUCUGCAGAUGCAGUUCCUGCUCCCUCAACCAGGGAGCGCUCUGACAUCAGGAAAGUCAAGACCACAGAUUUACCAGAGCUGGAGCAUGUGUUUGCAGAAGGGCUCUAUUUCACUCUCACUGAUGUCGUCCUGCUGCCCUGCGUCCAUCAAUACCUGGUAAAACAAACAAAUCGAAAGCAGAGAGGCAAACAGAGUAACAACGCUGGGUCUCUUUUCUGUCUGCCCCGGACCACAGUGCUGCAGUCGUGUCCCCAGCAGGAGAAUGGGAUAGAUGCUGUUUGUGCUGCUCACCCUUGCCCUUCAUGGACAGUUGAUUGGGAGAGCCUACCGGCAGCUGUCAACCCCUCUGAAGGUAAGAUGUCAGACGCCCGUGCCGUGCGCAAACAACAGCAGCUCAACAACCUGGUUGCCGUGGUGACGGAGCUGGCCCACCCUGGGCACACGGUGGUGGAUUUCUGCAGAGGAGGGGGGCACGUUGGGAUUGUUUUGGCGUACACGCUUCCUAAAUGUCAGGUUAUUCUCAUUGAAAAUAAAGAGGAGUCUUUGGUCCGGGCCAGAGACCGAAGCGCUCAGCUCGGAUUGACAAACAUCGGCUUCAUCCAGACAAACCUCGACUAUUUCACUGGAAACUUCAACAUUGGGGUGGCCCUGCAUGCGUGCGGAGUGGCGACAGACAUGGUGUUGGAUCGCUGCCUCCAGGCGCGGGCGGGAUUUGUGAUUAGUCCAUGCUGCUACGGGUUCAUUCAAAACACACUCAAGUUCAACUUUCCCAAGAGCGCGAGGUUUACAGAGACUUUGAGCUGUAAGGAGCAUAUGAUCCUGUGCAGGUUCGCAGACCAGACGGCUGUCAGUUUACCCCCAGAACGACGAUUAAUCGGUGGCCCAGACAGAUGGCCUCGUCCAAUGGGCUGUGUCGGUAUGGCGCCCGCAUCGACUGCUGCUGGGGUUGGACACGUGUCUCCUGGGGCCAGAGCCAGCGUGAGUAACUGCUGCUUUAGGGUGAUUGGUCAAGGUCUGAUCAAACUGUUUCCUGACAGGUGGUCCAGACAGAUGGCCUCGUCCAAUGGGCUGUGUCGGUAUGGCGCCCGCAUCGACUGCUGCUGGGGUUGGACACGUGUCUCCUGGGGCCAGUGCCAGCCUCUCUACGUCUUAACCCGCAGAGUAUUCGGGAUAAGGUGCCAACCCCAAGCGGUAUGUCAGCACGGAUGCAAACACGGAGAAUGCGUGGGACCCAACAAAUGCAAGUGCCAUCCAGGUUACACAGGAAAAACAUGCAACCAAGACGAGCAGGGCUAUGUUAGCCCCCCAUUAUGGCACAGUCGCCCUCCCGUUUUUGUUCCCAUGGACCACCAGCCGAUUGCGGUGCCUUCGGAGGACUUGAACGAGUGUGGCCUGAAGCCUCGGCCGUGUAAACACAGGUGCAUGAACACAUACGGGAGCUACAAAUGCUACUGCCUAAACGGCUACAUGCUGCUGCCUGAUGGGAGCUGUGGAAAUGCCCGGACAUGCAGCAUGGCGAACUGCCAGUACGGCUGUGAGGUAAUGAAAGGAGAAGUUCGCUGCCAGUGCCCUUCUCCAGGUCUACAGCUGGCUCCAGAUGGCAGGACCUGUGUGGAUGUGGAUGAAUGUGCCACAGGUCAAGCGGUUUGUCCGCGGUUCCGUAAGUGCAUCAACACAUUUGGGAGUUACAUCUGCAAGUGCCAUGAUGGCUUCGACCUGCAGUACGUCAACGGGAAAUAUCAGUGCGCAGACGUGAAUGAAUGCUCUUCAACUCAAAACCAGUGUAGUCCAUAUGCCACCUGCUAUAACACACCUGGUUCAUACAAGUGCAAGUGUAAGGACGACUACAGAGGUCUGGGCUACGACUGCAAACCCAUCCCGAAGGUGGUAAUUGACCCACCACGACCUGGAAAGACCACGCCGAGCAACAAUAACAACAAAGGGGGCAAUAAAAUUCCAGGCUCAGACCAGAAGAGGACCACCACAACAAUCAGACCACCUGUGACGGCUAAACGGAUCUCACCUACAGCAACAACAAUAACCACUAAACCUCCUCCAACCAAAAAAAUCACCCCUCCAGCGAGAGUCCCAACGACCACCACCCGUAGGCCUCUCAUCCCGACACGUAAACCCCCUGUGGUGGUGACAACAAAACCUAAGCUCCCAUCCCGUCAGCAGCCUACCACAAAAGCCCCGGUGGUUACAGCGGUGGUUCCCUUUAUCCCAACACGCAGACCUUUCAUCCCGUUUGUGACGCCAGUUGAUAACAGCAUUAAAGACAUUACCCAGAAACAAAGAGGGGAUGUUCACAUACCACGAAAUCAUGGGCAGAACAAUGUGCUUGAUAUCGAUUUACACAUUGAACUGGGCAACACAGAAGAGGAGCUGAAGGAUGACCCAGAGACUGGACAUCUGAGCUGCUCUUUUGACCACGGUCUCUGUGCAUGGAUCCAGCGCAGAGAGGGAGACCUUCACUGGGAGACAACAGCAGAUCCUUCAGGUGGGCGUUACCUGACGAUCUCAGAGGGCGGAGAGAAGCGAGGUGGGCGUGGCGCUCAGCUGAUCCUCCCCCUGACCACGCCCUGGAACGAGGGGAACCUCUGCCUGGCCUUCAGACACAGCAUGGCGGGGCACCACGUGGGCAUGCUGCAGGUAUUCGUCCAGAAGGGACGGCAGCACAGUCCCGCCGUCUGGGGUCGAACGGGAGGAAACGGCUGGAGGUCGACGCAGAUCACCAUUUGGGGCAAUGGGCUAGAAAGCGUGGUUGUGAAGGGUGAGCGGCGGAGAGGCCGUAAAGGCGAAAUAGCUCUGGAUGACAUGAGUCUCAAACGGGGUUCCUGUCAGGAAGAGCACAAUCUGAGGAGACUUUAACACCACCAACAGAGACUUUUAAUGCCAGCUUUACUCACGGGACUCUAGGAAGACGGACGCUUUACAGAAAGGGACGUGGCUUCCUGUCAGUCCCGGUACAGUUAUGGUGCACUUCCUCUGGCCUUCCUCAAUGGCUACAA